UAAUCCUGGUGCUUGAAGGGUCACCUUGUGCUACCUGGCAGCUCUCCCAAAGGGAGAGAGGAGCACAAAAUCGUUGUCUGUGUAGGAAAUUUGCAGCUGUGCUGAUGGUGCAGCAAAAUAUGAAACUAUACCGGCGUGCACUGCAGGUUCAUGGGCUGGCCUGUUCUCGUACAGGCACUGAGAAAAUAAUUUUAUGUGCAACCAGUGGGCUGCCAUAAAGGCACACCAGGUUCGGCAAGCAUUUGCAAGCACAAACCCCAGGAGGAAUACACUCCUGCACAUGUGAAAUCUGCUGCUUUCUUGUUCGUCCAACAAGGGCAAUACUAAUUAUAUAACAGACUAUUUUCAGCUACAGUAUUUAUCCCAUUUUCUUCCCUUGGGGCUCAAAGAGAUCACCAGCAUCCCCCAGAACCAGGACAUCCCAUUUACUGUGCCUUUCUAUGCAGGAUAAAUAGUCCAUUUCAUAUGUUGCAGGCAAGGGAGACUCUGUAUUCCUCAGACACAAGUGGUGAAUACAGAGAAAAAGUCAGUAGUACUGUUUAACAUGAGUAGACAGUGUCUCUUAAAAGAGGUAUGCUGUUCAUCAAUAUGGCUAAACAUCUUUUCUUUCGCGCAGCAGUUAAGAGUCAUGAUAUUCUGGUUAUUGUCUGGUAUAGGUCUCGAUUUUUAUUGUUACAUAAACCUAUCCCAACAGGAAGCUUACAGCCUUAUCAUCAAAGGCCUUUGGUCACAAAAAUAGUAUCUUACUUCCUUAUUAAUGUGUGUUAUUCUUUGCAGUCAAAAAUGAACAACAGUAAAGCUGCAACAUUUUCUGUGUUAGCAGCCAUCAUGACACUUCUUCCCUUUUAUUCCUCUAUCCCGCCAUUCAUACACCCACACCCCCUGCUCUGUCGUCACAGGUGAAGUAUUAAAAGAAGUCAGUCAUCACUGUGGGGUUAACUAAAAUAUUUUAUCAAUUAUUAAACGAUUAUCAAAUGGUAAUAAUUAUAAAGAUUAAACAGUAAUUGAAUUAUAAUUAAGCAGUGAUUUAACAAUGAAUUAACAAUAAUUGAAAAUUAAGCUGGCAUGAAAUGGUAAUUGAAUGACAAUCUAAUUGAUGAUUUCAACAAUGAUUUAAAUGAUGAUUAGAUGACAGUCAAACAGCCUGCUACUUACUACACUUCUAAGACUUAAGCUAUAGCUGGAUAUAUAAUUAUCACUAGCAUACAAUAUACUCUUAGGCCUAAUAUGAAAUGUGCUUACCUCACUAUAGAUAUCAGAUGCUGGGUAAGCGGUCUCUCGGCCUUGAGGAGUAAACUUCAGAGGCAUCCCUGCUCAAGGAGAGACCAUCGCCAUGAAGCCCACUGCCACACAAGAGAGCUCAGAGUGCUCCAGAUUCCUGUAGUGUAAAGGAUUGACUCGUAGUCAGCUCCCCUUUGGCGUGUGUGCAGGGGUGCAGCUGUAGCAGUUCUAGGUUGCUCUACUUCCAGCCCCGGCUAGCACAGUGCUGUUAGCUCCUCCUAAGGCAUGGUCUAGACUCCUUAGCUCCUGAGAAGACAGUGGCCUUGCACAGUUUGCACAGCAGGGAUGGUUUGUGGGUGAUGCCUGGAUCGAAGUGUUGCUUCACUAAGUUAGAAGGGGUGCACCUGGCACAUUCCCAAACCACAGGCACUCGGGGACCUAAUUUAAUCUGCACAUUGCUCUUUCACAGACUGUGAAAUGGCUGGUUUCCUAGCAAGCCCCAAGGGUACAGUUGUGUAUAGAAAUUGAAUAGAAGUGCUAUGACAGAAGAACUAUUCCACAAUAGCUACGGUGGGAUACUUCACUCCUCCUGCUCUGAAAUAGCUCCUUCUGGACAGACUUCUCCAAGACCAAGAUUUCGUCUUCCUCAUCUGUUCAGAUUGCUUUAAUUUGAAAAGAGUUGCAAUUACUUCAGCAUACCACAUUUAGUAGCUGUUUUUUGAAUAGCUAUUCUAAAUAAUUUACCUGUGUGGAUUACCAGUAUGGUUAAACUAUAAAAAACCAGGCUGGUAUAUUACCUAUCUGGGAAAAACAGAUUCCGUCCUAUCUUUUGUAUUUUCAAACUAAGCAACACUAAGGCAGAAAUUGCAUCUUUCCGUAUUUGUGUACUGUGUCUUGCAUGCAGGGGCCCUUGUCUUAUUUUAGCAAAAGACUGUGACACAGGGAGCUAAAAUACAGAUUAUCUGUAGCAUCUCUGAUGAGUCAGUGCACAUUUAGCUCUGAGAUUCCAAGAGCAGACAGCAAAAGGUAAUAGCUGGUACCAUUAUUAGCAGCAGCUUUGUCUAAUACAAUUUUCAUUUUUUUAACAAAUAGGGAUUUAAUUUUUAUACUAAAGCACAAGUGAGCUCAAACCAAAAGCCACAUUUAAGACUCUGCAGAUCUCUGUGUGAAUACACAGCAGUUCUUACACAGAUCGUUACCAAAUUCUCUAACAAUGUGCCCUUUUUUUAACCUCUGGCACAAAAGAAAAUGUAAAUUCAGACAGGUACAGAUUGCAUAAUUAAUUUGAAAGCCAUGUAGACCUUUGGCAUCAUCUUCAAAUUACAGGUCCUCACAAAACUCCUUACCUUAAGUCUCUGUGUUGAGCUAUUAAUCUUGCAGAACUCUCUUCUGCAGGCUGCUUUCCACUUCCACUUCAUGUGAAUACUGACCUUACUGCUUGAUAGCAACAGGACAGGGCAUUUCUUUCCCAUGACAUUUCAUAGCAGAGAGGCACCCAGGUCAGCAGGUGUUGAAAAAUGGGAUCCCUUCAGAUUUAUGUGCCAGAGGAAAAUUAAUACACAAGAGAAGCAACACAGAAUUGGGGAAAUAACUGUAAUUGGUAUAUGUUCAGUUCAUAGCCUGCUUCACUAGUGGCAUAGUUUUACCCUCUUAGUUCAAGGGAAAUGGGGGCAGGAUCUUCCGGCUGCCACAUGCGUGUACCUUGCCUCUUGCUUCCAUAGCUUUCAAACUAUUCACUGGAUUUCUGUGAACAACCUUUAAAAAUUAACUACAAUUAAAUGAGAAAAGCAGGCCAGCCUAUCAGUAAAUUUACAUUAAGGAUGCAGUUCUGCGGUUCCUGGUUUUUCCUAAAUGGACAGGGUUACUCCUUCUGUAUACAUGACAUUUCACUUUUCUAAUAGUGCUUAAAUUCUAUCUCCUUGAACAGAAAUUUCUGUGUUCAUUGACAGGCUCUGAGGAGUGGCAGAUCAAAACAAAUGGCUGUGCCAUUGAUGUCUGCAUCUUACACCAUGUAAGCCCUUCAAAGGGCCAAGUCCAGACCCACUCCACUUCCCUCUCCACUUCUUUUAUGCUUCAGGUUAUCAUUAAUCUGUUGGACCAUAACAGUGUUGUAUGCCUUUAAUACAUAGACUAUAAGAAACAAAAAUUAAAGUUCUAAGAGAACUGAGAAAUCAAAUGCAUACCACCAGCCCUGGUCUUUGCUGUAGCAGGUAGCACUUUAGGUGAAAGUUAAAUGAAACAGCCUGGCUUAUUGGACAUUCAUUGUCUAGAAACAACAUAAUGACAACUUCUUUAAGCAGUGCUUGAAGUAGAAGAGGUAAGAUGUAUUUGGUACCUGCUAGUAAAAUACAAAGAAAGAACAACUACUGAGUUCUUGCCAUAAAGACUCUGCUGAAUGUUUUUAGAAACACAGCUUUUGCCAGGAUGGUUUGUAUUUUCUAGGGAGCCCAACUCCCAGUUUGGCAUCAAAGUAUAAUGGUCAGAUCUGUGACUGCUUGGCUUCUACUAGACACUGCAGUUUUCAAGGCAAGCCUGAACACAUUUUAGAAGUAUUAUCUGGCACCCGACCUACUAAAAGCUGUCAGAAAACAAGGGGAAUUGCAGAUGAGAAAAGCUGGCCAUCUGGUCCAGUAAUAGGGAUCAACUCAUGGUAGGGAGGUAGGUUUUGAAGCUGAGGAUAUCUGUACACAACAGUCAGCUGUGUGCAUGCAUAUAUGAAACAGGAGGAGAUCUAUAUGGGUCUUUAUGACUUUGUGAAGCUUGCAUCAGUUUCCUCAGAUUCAAGCAGGACUGUUUGCUGGUGCACUAACAGUAUCGCAGCCAAGACAAAGCUAUUGUCUGUGCCAGAGAUGCUUGGUCAUGAGGUUGUGGCUUCUUUGCACAAUGCUAGGUUGGGGUGUAGGAGUGUGUUUUGCACAAAGGUUUCAAGUUGGGAUGCCACUAUAGAAUCAACACACAAGGCAAAACUGCAGAUUGUGAACAUCAUUACUGGCUACCAUUAUUAUGGCUGAGGUGGGGACUCUUAACAGCUUGCCUUCCCAUGACAUUUUCUGAGAGCCUGCCUUUGUUUCAUGCAGAGAUGAUGCUAUGGCUUCUGACCACAUGACUUAAUCCAGCUGUUUUUAUGUUGGGAAAGGAAUGGCUUUUCCUGUUGACACUGCUAAGAAGUGUAGUUAGACAAAAAGGAAUCAUUUAAUAUUGAAAUCAUGAAGGAAUAAUUAUGGCCUUUUUUCACAGAACAGCAGUUGAAGACAGAUGCCCUCUCUUACAUUAGCUCUCCAGAAGCCUCCUAAAAUUUUGCAGCUUUGAAACAUGUAGGAAGCUUUGUUCCAGGAGUGCCUACCUGUAGGAAUACCUCUGUGAAGAGGAGUUUGGAGCAGACAGAAAGUGAACUUGCUCCUUUAAAGCACUAGCAUAGCAGGCCAUAUUCUGAACCCUAAUGAGGAUGUUAUGAAUUUUUCUACUCUUCUUCAAUGUGUGCAGAGGUAACUUUUUCCUGAACAGUAUAAUUCAGCCAAAUAAUUAGGGGACUAAUGAAUAUGGGAACAUAAGAUUUGGAACCAGAUACUUGUGGAAGGAAUCUUUGUCAUAAGGAUCUAAGAAAAGAAACAAGGCAAAUAUAUAGCUUUACAUCACCAUAGCUUGUAAACACAUUUAAGCAAUGGCUCAGUUCUACACGGAAGAUACAUAAAAGUGGCCUCCACAGCAAGUAUUUAUAUGGUUGCAAAGUAGUUACUAUUCGGAAUUAAUGCAGGUGUUUUUAAAGUAUUAUAAAUUCUAAUUCCGAUUCUUGCUUUUCUUAAACUUCCUUGUUCUGUCAGAAGUGGCACUGAAAGAAGAACAAACAAGAUUCCCCCCUCCCCCCAAAAAGGGGGAAAAAGUGAAAGUGACAGUACCAACAGCUUCUAAAACCAGAACAGCUUCUGUGAAGUCAGAACCAUCCUAAUGGGCAGAAAACAGCCUGACCAGAAACUCUGUAAAGAUAAGAUCAAACUUUAUCUCUGUAUAAGCAAGAUAUUUCUAUCUCUAUUUGGAACUCUUGGGUUCCCAGUGUUACACCCAAGAAGUGGGGAGAAGAGCAGCAUCUCUUCUCUUUUUUGGAUCCUUCAGCUUGUUUUUGGCAUCAACUGGAGUAUUCAACCCACUUCAGUAUGCUCCUGAGCAUUUUUUUUUGUCUAUCUGGUUAUUCCGCUACCCAAGGAAAAUAGUCUUUUCCUCUGCAAAUAAACUGAUAAUGGUGUGUCUGUCAGUCAAUGUGAGUGCUAACAGCCCAGGCAGCAGAGGAAGAUGUGGAAAGAGGCAAAAGUGCCUGUUUGGUGGUGGUUUUCCUUUAGCUGUUCUAAGUUGCAAAAUCAGAGUAAGAGCUCUAAGAUCUUGAGUUGUUCACUGACGAGGUAAUGCCAGGGUGAGUCAGAAACGCAUGUGGAUGUGAGACUGACCUGCAUGGCUGGCCUCCAGUCCGAUGUGCUUUUUCAGAGUUUGUGACUUUCUUGUAUGAAGCCAGGCGAUGCCUCCCCGAGCGGGUGGUGCUUGUCUGCACCACCUUACCUACCCUGCUGCGUGCUAGGAGCGGGGGCACCGGCAGGUGGGGUCCCAGCACAGAUUUCCCCGCGGGCAGGGCCGGCUGAGGGCGGCCGGCAGCAGCGAAGUCACGGGCGUCCCCCCGCAGGGGCUUGCGAGGUACCCGCGCAUGGUGCCUGUGAGCCUGACCUGGAACACGGGCUGCAGAAGAGCAAAACCCCCGGCAAGCAUCCCUUUGAUUGUCUCUUGAGGGUGCAGCCCCCACCGCUCAGCUGCUGCUGCGGAAGACGUGACAGCCAUUUCUCCCUUUUCACUAGAAGGCGGCAUGAGGGCGGAGGCUUCUUGCUCGGCGGGGGUUAUUAACGCUUCAGUGUAUAUCCCGAGAACUACAGAGCUCACCGCAGGCUCGUAGUGUUUGUAAGUCAGACCUUCAGCUGGCAGGUGGAAGGUGAGUUUCUUUACUCACCGAGAACUGAACUACCUCAUGGCUUUUCUUCAUCUCCCUUUCCCACUGUGCCCUUGCUUUGGAGGCUGACUUAGCGACGGUGCCAACAAUGCUACUCCAUCAAGAGAAGGCUCAAAAGCUUGGACAAAUUAUGCAGGUUUGGCAGCAGCUGCCCCACUGAUACCUUGCAAUCCAGGGAGGAUGCACUGGAAGUGAAGGAACAAGGGCAUGAGUAGAGCAGGAGUGCCCUCCUUCUGCAGCAGCCAUGUUACACCAAGCCUGGCAGCUCUGUGGACGGUGGUGCCGUUGGUCCAGUCCUUUUAUCCAUCUCUUCACACUGACUGUGGUGACAUUUGGUGUGCUCGCACCUUUGAUUUGCCACCGGCUCCUCCACUCUUACUUCUAUUUGCGGCGCUGGCACCUGAACCCCAUGAGCCAGGAGUUCCUGGAGCAGAACCAGCAGGAGGGCCAGGCUGCCCUCCAUUACUUUGAGAAGCUGCAGAUGCAAAAUGCCUCUGAGGCAUCUGGCAGUGACACCUUUCAGCCCUUGCUGCUGGUCACCAUCAUCACUGUGCAGAGGCAGAAUGAUUUCCACUAUGUCUUGCAAGUGGCCUCCCGCUUCCACUACCUCCUCCAGAAAUGUGGUGCACAUUGCCAGAGCCACCGCCUCCUCCUCUGUAAUGUGGAGUCAGACCCCAGCAGCCAUCAGGAUGUCAAGCUGCUUAGCAGCUUCUUUCCUCUGAUCAGUCGGGACAAAACUGGGGAGAAGGCUGACCCCAGAGCGAACCAGUUUGAGAAGGAGAAGCAGGAUUAUGUCUUCUGCCUUGAGCAGUCACUGUUGGCAUACAACCCAGAGUACAUCCUUGUAGUGGAAGAUGAUGCUGUGCCAGAGGAGGAGAUAUUUGCUGUGUUGCAGCAUCUCUUGUUGGCCCGGUUUUCCAAACCAUACCUCAGAGAUGCACUCUACUUCAAGCUUUACCAUCCUGAGAGGCUUCAGCGCUACUUCAACCCUGAACCCAUGAGAAUCCUUGAGUGGCUAGGUCUGGGCAUGUUUAUGGGGCCUGUGCUGAGCUGGGUGUACUCCUGGGCAACUGGGCGCUCCAGCCUUAGUUGGCCCAUUGUCUUGUUCUUUGCUUUGUACAGUAUGGCUUUGUCAGAGCUAGUGGGACGGCAUUACAUGCUGGAGCUGCGCCGGCUGGCCCCCACACUGUAUAAUAUCGUGCCGGUCACGGAGUGCUGCACGCCUGCCAUGCUUUUCUCUGCUCCGUCUGCCCACCGUGCCUUAGGUUACCUGAGGGGUCUGCACUGCCGCCAGGGUUUUGCUAAGGAUAUUGCCCUUUACUCACUGCUGCAUACGAAGGGGGAGAAUGCCUAUGUGGUGGAACCCAACCUGGUCCGGCAUGUAGGAAUGUAUUCCAGCCUUCGGCUAAACAACAACCCAAAACUGCUGUGAUCUGUACAUGCCUUUCCAGACACAAAGCCCAGAGAACUUGCCACAGAGCAGAGUGUGUACAUUCAGAUGAUGUGCUGCCUGCAUGGGGCAUCUUGCUUGUACCUCCAGGUGAACAAAGAAUAUCUUUAAAAAAAAAAAGUCUCAUAAAAAAUAAGCUUAUGUACAUGCAGACUAUAUUUAAUAUAUACUUGGAACUAAUCACCAUCCACCAUAUGGGAGGGGAGUGGAGGAUUCCGGCUGAGGGUAUGGACUGUCUACUCUCCUUAAUCAUUCCUGGGGAAAAGCUCUCACACCAAUAUAAACAGCUGUACUGCCUACUGUCCUUUACAUUGUUUACAGAAGUCCUUAUCUUAGGGCAAUAGGAAUCAACACUGGGCAAAGUCAACAUUUCAAAUUCAAACUAGCAAGGAGGAAAAGCCCUUAUUUUCCCAUCCUUACAAAGGUCUGAUCUCUGUUUCAAAGCUAUGGUUCUGAGCAGACCCUUCAAAAGCAGCAGGGGUUUGUGUCAACUCUCCUACCUAUUUUGCCUAGAUCCAUUUGUUACUGUCUCCCCCUACAGAUCCUAUCUGUGCCUCCACCCUUCCCACUCCAUUUUCUUGGAACAGAGGCUCUUAAAAACAAAGCCUCUGCAGUUUUGAAGGUCACCUCUGAAGGUCGAUACAGGAAAAGAUUAAUAGCCCUUGAUGUUAAACAGCCAGGUCACACAUGCAUGUUUUCUUUGAUACAUUACAGACAUUAUAAACAACAUAGGAUGACUGCUGUGUUGGUUGGUAUCAUCACUAAUUGUAGUGGAUCCAGGUCAUUAGAAGAGGCCUUAUCAGUUACUGAUUGGACUUAGACAUUCAACAUGAGUUUACCUUGACUUCUGUCAGCACAGAGGCAAAGGAAAGAUUAGAUCAUGUGCUGCUGUUGUGCAGGAUCCUCAUUCCAUUUUGGAGCUGCAGUUCACAGCUCAGCCUAAGUGGUUCGUUCACUGCUCUUGGCAGCAAGUAAAAUACCUGUAAGAAACAAAUCUAGCUGUUCAUGAAAAACAAGCAGCAAUAGCACAAUACAUCGUGGGGCCUCUCCGAUACUGACCCAUUAACUUAAUGUGCUCUGGUUCUUAGACAUUUGGGAUAGGUUUUUUUACCACAGUUGUGGGCACAGUUAAAUAUAGAAACAUGUAGAUGACAGAGAUCUCCAAAUCAAAACUGGCACUAAACUGUAUGCCUAAUGAGAAGCCCACCUAGACUGUAGUGGCCUUUGAAUCAAAUUCACUUGUAUGUGGAGUUGAUUGAACUAUUUUUGAAACCAUAUUCCUAACAUUUGAAUGAACCCAGUACAAUAUUUUUGUCAAGUUUUGGUCAAUGGGGGUUGUUUGGUUUUUUGUUUUUGGUAAAGCAAGAGCUCUACUUUGAAUUUUCUUUCCCCCAGUCUCUCGCAGGUGAUCUAUGCCUUAAGCUCUUAACAAGUCUGGUUACAGAUGUGAAAGACAUAAAACUCCUGAGAGAUGAAACCAAAGAAAGCUGCAAACCUCCAGCUGUCAGUGUGCCAUGGGUAUCACACAACACAAAUGCAUAAUGCAAGUUAGCUGAGAAAUGGCUUCACAACACAGAGUAGUGCUUUGCUUUCUUAGUAGUCAGUUGGGAUACUUUUAAAAGACCUUUGAAAAUCAGAUGCAAGUGAAAAUUAUGUGUGGAUUCCAUGUCAUUCCAAAGGCAAAGCACCUCUCCUGUCGGAGGACACAGGAAAAGUUGCACAACCAGGACCACAAUUUAUUCCCAGCUGCUGAAAACCCCAAAGAUACUGGAGUGGUCACACAGUGGCAGGUGGCUUUUACCACUCUCAGGCUUUACUAUAAUAUGGUUAGGAUGGCAGGAUUUGAGCAUCAUUGUAUAUUUAUUCCACUAAGUGCCAGCUUGUUUAUGCAUCUUCAGCGGUGAAUGUUUCAGCAUGGUGUGCUUUCUUUUCACUCUUUUUCUGUCUUCGUACUAUACAAAUCCAGGGCAAUGUCCUGUUCUUUUCAUGAGGGUCCAUUCAUGCUCAUUUUUGCAAAGAAAAUCUCACAGCAAGGUACAGUAAAUGGAACAGGGAAAGGAAAAAGGAGGAAGGAAGAGAAAGAAACCAACUAACUGUAUCCAGUUAAUAAAUGUUUUGAUGUGGGAAAUGAUUUAUCCAUUUGUCUCAAAGUUGUUUUCCUUGUUUGCCCAGUAGUGCUUUAUUUGUUGUCCUAGAAGCCCAGGGAUGGUCAAUAAUUUCACUGAGCUUCAUAGCUGAAAAUUAACAUGAAUUUGAGGCAUCCCUUCUAAACUAGAAGACAAUUUUCAGAGUGUAAGAGACAAAACAAUUUGACUUGGAAACCAAGCAGUAUGCAGAGGGCUUAGAACUUGAACCUGCCAGUGAGUGUUUCAGACAAAACUAUUCAGAAUUAACUCCUUUAUGCAAGAAGCAGAUUAAUGUAUUUUUCAGGUUCUUCUGGAAUAAUUUCCUUAAGUGCCCCAUUCCCCUUUAGAACAGAGGUGCUUUUACUGAGUCUGGUGGGGGCUUUCUCAGGUACUUGUUCAGUGCCCACCAUGCCAAUGUGGCAUCUCAGGCAAGUGUUCGUUCUGCUGCCUCUGAACUUUCACAAGUUGAUGGAUUUUUGUUUCCAUUUUCUAUGCCACAUAUUCUAUUAGAAAUGACAAGUCAGAGGUGUGUACUUCGUCCUUGGAACAGAAAGUGAGGAGGUUACUGUGAAUUCUUAAUUCUUGUUGGAUUUUGUUCCACAGUUGGGGCUAAAAAUGGAGCUUCAAUCACACAAGCCUUUUCCCUCUCUUCUCUACCAGGGGAGCGGAGCUGAGUUGCCAUAUCUCAGGCUACAGAAGUUCAGGGCCUAGCAUCAAUUCCUUGAAAUGCAGCCUUAAGAGUUUGGUUUUAUUCACAUUAAAACAAACUUAGUGACUAUUUAGAAACAAAACCACAAAUUUUUGUGAGUGUUGGUUCAUUACUAGUAGUUUGGAGACUACAUUUCAAUGCAGCAACUGCUGCUUGAACCAGAAGUUUCAGGGCCAGACAGCAGGACUGAAGGCAUUAUUGUCCAAGACAAUUCAGGGGAAGUUACUCAAUUAAACAAAAACUGCCUUUGUUUCCAAGGCAUGUCCAACAUAAGCAUGAUUCUGGCAGAAAGAACAGAAAGCAUAAAUUGAUAGGUCUCUGAGAUUAGAAGCCCAGGAGGAUUUUCUAACUGCAGUAGGUAUCAAUGUCGGUGAGAAGGCAUUGCAUUUGAAGAGGGAAGGAAAAAGCCCUCCUCUAGUUGUGAGGAGCUAGACUGGGUAUUUCAACAGCAAUUUGGCUGGAUGCAGGGUGAAUUACUUUUUUUCUGAGGAUAUUUAACAAACUUUCUACCAAAUAAACCACCUUUCUAUUCAAACUGUUAGUCUCUUCUUUCUGCAUGCCACUGUUCAUUUCCCUGACUGGCAGAUCUAUCUCUUUUCUUGCUAUAUUUGACUAAGAGAAAGGUAGUUGUGUGUUCAUGCAUCUGCAUGGAUAUAAUGAUGUGGCUCCUACAACACUUCAGAUUGAAAAGAACCUUUGAAGGUGUCUGGUCCAAUUCCCCACUCAAACCACAUCUUGCUAGGCCAGGUUGCUCAGGCCCUUCUGCAAUCAAGUACUGAGGCAUUUUAAUAGGGACCUGAGAUAAAAUCAAGCUCUAAAUGCUGGAAUUUAACCUUAGUAUACUCUUGUAUUGAAAGACUACAUGUUUCACCAAAAAAAAAAGUAAUUUUCUGUGGUACGCAGUUGUAGUUACAGAAGCACUGGCAGUUUCUCUCCCAAAGUUAAGAGGGUUUUUGUGUAUUUCCACACCAGCUUUAUAGAUGUAUCUGAAUUCAGCAGAUGGUAGGGCCCAACAUGUGGUUCUGAGUAAUCUUCACUAAAACAUGCAUCUGCCAAAAAUGCACAUGGAAUUAGGUACUUCAUAGUCUGUGCUUCUUCACUGCAUGUGUCUCUGUUGCUAGAGUAACUUCAUUUCCACAAACUGUCCUGACAGCUCAUGGUUUGAAAGAAUGCACCCAAUCAGCCAGUUUAUUCAUGUACCUAAAGACUAAGAGCAGUAUCUGUGUCCAUUUCCAAGACUUUGUUCUGCAUAGCAAGCUAUGAAUGCCGUAUUACCAGCAUUGUAAUGACUGGUGAUUUUUAAAUGUUGGCAGAGAAAAGUGGUGUUAUAUUUUCUUGCUCUGUUAGUAAGCCUCUGGCCAGCUGUGUAGUCUUCAGUGCCAACUUUCUCUUUGAAUUUCUGCCAUAUGGUGUCCAGUGUUUGGGCCAGUAGUGCAGAAACCACAUCUACCAUGGUCUUUUCAGCAAACUGGUCCACUUCAGACAUGUGUUAUAGUUUGCAUUUCGCAAACUGUAUGCCAAUGUUAACAUGCAGCACCUAAGUGUGCUUUUUUUUGGCUGUAUGUGCUGCUUAGAUAAACAGGUAAUAAAUAGUUAAGUGUCUCCCAUUAUAGCA